CGGACGAUACGGCCCAACCUUAUGUCGAGCCGAGCCUCAUAAACACGCGAUACGACGGGGCGGUAGCGGCUCCUUUAGGAUUUUCAUCUUUUUACAUAGAAUGGAGGAGAUCGACAAUAUAAUAAUUCACUCAUUGCGACAAAUAGGCUGUGACAUUGAAGAGAGCAUAACAAACCUAAGUGGCUUUAAUACCGAACUUGUUGUGGAAGCAACAGUAAGAUGCUUAGAAGCAAUAAGGCCUGGUUCAGGAUUGUCCACUGUGUUACCCGUGAACAUGGCAGCGCGUUUUCGAUUGGGCGCCACUCUUGCACAAAUGUGCACGGAACUUGGGUACAGAGGUGACAUUGGCUAUCAAACAUUCCUAUAUAACUCAGAAACAGAUUUGCGAAGGGUAUUUAUGUUUCUCAUCGAAAAACUGCCAAAGGAGAGUGAGAAAACUGUAAACGAAUCUAUCAGCGAAGUCGCUUUGUUAGAAAAAUCAGUAGCAUCUGCGAUAUCGCGAGGACUUUCGAUACCAUGGUUACCGCAUUAUUGUCACAGAAAGGGAUUCAGAAAUAAAGGAAGAGCGAGUAUUCCUUAUUCAUCUGUAAAUAUAGAAGUACCAAUGGAAAAUGCAGAGGAUGAUACCAAGGACUAUUAUUUGCGCUAUUUACGACCAGUGCCUGAUCAAAUGCAUAAUAUCUCAUGCUUUUUACCUUCCAUGAUAUCGUAUAAUGCAAGAGCGCUUAAUGCUUCUUCAAUGAACAUUAUGGACCGCAUAAAUUGGCUCAAUAGCCAACAAUUGGAAAAAACUGUUUAUUCCAAUACACAUAAUAUUGUCAACGAGCUUAGCAAAUUUUCAUCAGAGAAUAAAACAAAAGUUUCAACAGAGCCUCAGGUCAAACCAGAAUCUCCAAUACAUUCAGAUCUUCCAGACCAGGAAACAUUAAGAAACAAAGCAAAGCAGGAAGUUGAGAAAGAAAAUACAAAGACAGAAUGCGAGAAUCUUAGAAUAAGCAUAGAAGAAUUGCAAAACGAAAUUAAAAAAUUAACUACUAGAUUAACGCAAGCAACAAUAACUGGUCAGAAUGAAGAAAAGGAAUUAAAAAUUAGUGAAGAGCAAAAGAAGAUUAAAGCAAAAGCAUACGAAUUGCUUCAAGAUGGACCGGAAAAUAUUAAGAAAUUGGAAUCCGCAAUUGAGGCUAGCACGAACAAAUUGAUUAAUUUAGCAAAUCAAUGGGAGAAGCAUAGAGUACCUUUAAUCGUGAAGUACAGGCAAGAAAGAGAAAAGCAUUCCACAAAAGCUAAUGCGAGCCAAAAGAAGCUAGAUGAAAUAAAAUUGUUAAAGGAGAAGGAAAAAGAACUUCAGGAAGAAUGUCGCAAUAAGGAUCAACAAUAUUCGCAGCUGGUUGCAGAAGUUCAAAAACUGCCGAAAGAAGUGAAUAGAUCCGCGUACACUCAACGAAUCUUAGAAAUAAUAAAUAACGUGAGAAAGCAGAAGGACGAAAUAAGCAAAGUUCUGGGGGACACUCGUGAGAUUCAAAAGGAAAUUAACACGCUUGACGGCAGAGUGGAAAGAUCCUUUACUGUCGUAGAUGAAUUGAUAUUCAGAGACGCGAGAACGAAUGAAGCGUCGAAAAAGGCGUACAAGUUGUUGGCGACGUUACACUCAGAAUUCAACGAACUCGUAAGUUUAGUUGAGGAAACUGGCGCGACAAUACGAGAAAUUAGAGAUUUGGAAGAACAGAUCGAUACCGAGUCCGCUAAGAAUGUCGGCGCUAAUUUGGAGAGAAUAACUGCCGAUUUGAAACAGAUGAAGCAAGAAACCGCCGCGUUAACAGCACAACUCCAAAGUAAAGCCUCGUGAUUGUUAUAUACAGCAUGGCGUGACUUCAAGAGUUGUAAUAUUCAGGAUCAGAUGAGAAUCUAGCGCAAGUAUGAAUAUAAACGAACACGAUCAAAUGCAUCAAAGACCAAACAUUUUCUAGCUGUACAGUUGGCAAAAUAUAACGUGAUAUUAUACCCACAAGAGUCUUCAUAAGUCUACUGAGUUAACUGCUAAAAAAAAUGUGCCUUGGCCUGGAGUCGUCAGGCACUAGGCUUCUACAGCCUCGGGCCAAGUGUAUAAUAAAGACAUGUUGUUAACAUCAACGCUCAAGAAAACAUUAUUUGUUACAAAGCCUAAUAAUUUUUUAGCAUCGAGUUUCAAUUUCCAUAUUUCUCACAGCUUAAAGAUCUGACUUAUGUAAGUAAAAUAAAUGCUGAAACGUGA